AUGCCAUUGGAUGGAGCUGCGCAUUGCGCGUCGAACCAUUGGUCACAUGAUAUAGAUUUCAGCCAAUCAGAAGCCGUAAUUCAAGAAAUAGUGACAGCGCUCAAGUCCGUUGGCCUCGCAACACCGCACAAGUCCCAGGACAAUGUAAACACUGAUCAAAACAUAUACUUGGAUAUUGAAAACAAUCUACAAGUUAUAGAAAAUGUGGGUAAUGACUUCUUUGAUCUGCAACAGGAACCACCCGAAUUCGGUACGCUGGCCAUCGAGUAUCCUGAGCCUUCUGUAUUGAAUGUAGCCAAUAUCACGGUAGAAAGUGAGAACGUUGUACAAGAACUAGGAAAUGUUUUCCUUAAUAUAAAUUCUAUCGAAUCUUUUCCUACUUCAAACCCAGAUAUUCUCGUAUCUACGAAUACUCAAGACCCAAUUUCUGAUAUAGUCAUUGAUAAUAAAAACAAUACUCAAUGUACAGAUAAAAAUAAUACAACCCAAAACAAUAUGCAGCAAUCCAGUGUCUCUGCUACUCCAUCGUGUUCUUCAAAAGUGGUCAUACUCAGUGAUGUUCCCUGUCACGGUGAUUUCUUAAGAAAUAAAAAACGACAGAACAAGGCGUCAAAAGACCCAAAGAAAUAUAAACGCAAUAUUAAUAAAGAAUUACAGAUGAAAGGUGAAAAUUACUUAGGAUACAGAAGAGACAGAAAAGCAAAACGUAAUGAAACAUUUAAAGUGAAACAAGACGUAUUUAAGCCUGCAAGAUCAAUGAAACCACCGUGCACUACUGCGUUUUGCAAGAAAUCUAAACUUAGGUCAUGUGACAACAUAAACGAACAACAGCGGAAAUAUUUAUUUGAAAAUUUCUGGAAGAACAUGAACUGGGAGCAGCGAAGAUCAUUUAUAACUUCUCACGUUAACAAAGUACUAAAGAAAAUUACAAAAAAUCCAGAAUCAUCCAAAAGAACUGAUAGUCGAACUUACAUUUUGACGAUUGAUAAUGUACGUCACCAAGUAUGCAAAAAAAUGUUCUUGGGCACUCUAGAAAUUAGAGAUUAG